AACUAACCUCUGGUCAAGCUAAACUAACUCCAGCCUCUUGACCUGAGCCACCAUCAUGGACGAGGCCUUUACCCAAGAACUCGAAAACGACUUUGCCAGACUGCUCCUCGGUGGCCCCGAUGCUGUUGACGCCCAGGCAAUCGUGCCUCGAGCGCGAACGAUUGGUACCCCAGCUACUCCCUCGACCGAUGAGGGGUCUCCUUCCACCUCGACGAGUACGAACAAGAAGAAAAGCAAGAAGAAAAAGAAGGCGAGCCAACGGUGCACGCCCACAGGCUCCCCGCUGUACGAUGCGGUCGACGAGCACGCGCAUGCGAUCUUGAGCGCGGCACACGAUGAAGUGGCGGCGCGGAAGGCGCGAAAGAAAGACAGGAAGACGAUAUGUGGGAGGUGCGGACGGGACAAGCUAGUGGGGACGCGAUUGCAGACAUGCUCGAUGUGCAAGUCUAUCAAUUACUGCUCGCAGAACUGCCAACGCGAACACUGGCAAGCCGGACACAAGGAAGAGUGCUACGGCUUUGUGCACCCACCCUUCGCGAAGACGUUCGACCCCUCCGACCGGCCCGAUGUCGACUGGCCAAUAUGCCCCAUCUUCUGCCAUCACAACGAGAACGGCCUCGGACUGUGGAUGACCACGGCUGGCGAGCUUGGUACCCUACUUCAGCAAGCGUUUGAGCCGCCUGAGGGACGCGAUACCGAUACUCCGUCUGACGGGCCCCCGUCAUAUCAACGCUGGGCGGGUCUGAAGGGCCCUAAUAAGCGUCCUUUCGGGCGAGAGCUCAAGAAGUACAUGGGCUCGACGUUAGUCUGCUUUCGCAUCAUCGUGCAGAACCGGCGCAGGGACGGGCGCGCUAUCGCAGUCAUCGCUGGUCAAACGAUGUACACUGUCUUCGGCUACCUCAAGAACAACCUGCUACCCGAGGACCUCAAGACCGCCAAGUUCCAUACUACGCCUGGCGGGAGCGACCUGAUGACCGUAUCCCCGUGGAAGGACUACAACGGCCGCCUGCGCGUAUCCAUCGUCGAGGUCAACGGCGUUCAAGCUCCCAAGGGCAGGUUCAAUGGUCCCGGAGGCGAAUACAAGCCCCAACCCCGCCCUACCGGCCAGCCCUGGGAUCGCGUCAUCGAUUGGGAUGACGGGGAGGUCAUCCUCGGCGCGGGCGACUACGCCGUCUACUGCGUCCAAUACCGCCUCGGCGACGGAGACGGGUGGAAAUCGUACCCGGAGAUCAUGGCGCGCUCCGCCGAGCUUCUCGUCCCCGCCUUCGUCGCGCAGGCGAAGAGCACGGACGGCGCGGGCUGGCGCGACGCGGCGUGGCGCGAGCUGAGCAUGGCGCGCAUCCGACCUCAGCAGCCGCGCGACUUCUUCGUGAUGAAGGCGACGCCGGACUUCAAGUACAUCGACGAGUAUUACCGGCCGUACUUCGAGGAGGGGCCGGAUGAGUUCGAUGCGAAGCGCCAGGGGACGCGGGCGGCGCAGGCGAAUGAGAUGAUGAAGAAGGCCGUGCCAAUGCAGCUCAAGGCGCUGAUGGGGAUGCUGCCACCGGACAAGCGGGCGGAGGCGGCUGCGCGGUUUAGGGCGCUGGGGUGGGAUAUAGAGGAGUUGAUUAGGGAGAUCUAGGCCUUCAAAUCAAUCGGUUUGCCAUGAACAUCGUUUGUGUACUGCACCGACCAUAUAUUAUUACUGACCGCGAACGAAUUUACCCAAGGAUAUCUGGCAUGAUUUGGUCAAAAUUGUACGAUAAAAACACAAUACAUCAAUUGGACAGUAGUUGACGCCGGCAA